AUGGGUCCAGGCGUGGCCACGGGCGGCAGCUUCGACCUUCUGCAGGACGAGGUGGCCUGCCCGCCUUCGCACUAUCGUCUUCUACACACACCCUCGUUGGCGGAUACCCGAGACGCGCUCAAGGAGCUGCCCGUCGGCCGAACACAGUACCAGAACGCGGUCGUCGGGAUACAGUGCCAGAAAGUGGGCGCCUGUGCCCAAGAUAUUAAACCAUCGCCGGCGACGGGCAUCGCUUUUGCAACCGACAACCACCUUUCCACCGCGUCAUCCGACUCCCAGCCGGCCAAGGCGAAGCUCCCUUGGCGAACAUCCAGACAUCGACGUCCACCCGUCGAUUGGGAGACGUUUGAGCCGCUUGACGCUGUCAUUGAAGAAACCAGCUUCGCCGCCGAAGCCGAAGCCCCCCUUCCUCCCGAAUCGUCGUCGCCGGUUCACGAGCCGCAGAAACAAGCUGCCGCCCAAGACACCGCGUGGCAGCCAGACCACCGCUUGACUAGCCUGGACGCCAACUACGACGUCCAAGAGCAGAUCGAAAAGCACUUGGCAGCAGACUACCACGGCCUUUCCGGCGAGGGACACGGCGCCGCUCCCUCGUCGGAAAGCGUCGUCUACGGCUGCAACAUGCUGCGCCAUAGACGACAAUGGGGCUCGGUCGAGCACUGCGACACUCCGGCUGACAGCUAUGCUCUCCUAGCCACGCCUCUGAGGGACUUUGCAAUUCUACCGAGCAACAUGGACCAGUCGCGGGACCGGGUCUGCCUGGCUUCUUCUCAGCCACCUUUGUAUCCGGAUGAGCCCCUCAAGAUUCCCGAGCUCAUGACCGUCGUUGAAGAGGUGCUUUCGCCCUCGCUCUCCGUCACGAGCGACAGGAGCGGCAGCCUCGCGGCUGGUUCGGCUCGCACCAGCUCGUUUUCCGUCCCUCGCAUCGAGGACUCUCUGGAGGAGCUGGAUAAGCUCGAGGACGAACUCGAGGCCGUCAAUGCCGCCACGCUCGGUCGAGGGCUCGCCCCUGCCGAAGACAAACAAGCACCGACAGCGCCGAAAACCCCUUCCGAUCGGACGCCGUCGACUGUGCUGAAGAAGCGGACGUCGGUUGCUGGCCAGUCACUCACCGUCCGCGUCAAAUCUUGCGAAAAGGCAAAUCCGACCAUUCGUCGAGCUGCGUCGCUGACGCUGCGCGACAAGAAAUCAGAGCAGUCGGACGCAACGGCGGAAAACAAGGCAGCAGGGGUGUCGUCUCGGGACAAGGGGGCCAGUCUACGGGUGACGACGCCCAAGUCUGCAGCCAAGUCGCAGAGGCCCCUGACGGUGCCGAAAUUCGAGCUUCCAGGCGAUGCCGUAGCCAAGCGCCUCAGGGAGCAACGCGAAGCGCGCCAGGCGCGACAAGCCGAAGCUCAUUCAGAGGCACAGGCAAACCCUCCGAAGCUGCGAGUCAUCCGACCGCUGGCAAAGCCAACAUUUGAGCUUCCUGGAGAGGCGAUCUCCCGGCGGAAGCGCGAGGACCGGGAAGCCAAGCUGCGGGCCGAGGAGGAAGAGGAACGGAGGAAGCGCGAGUUCAAGGCCCGGCCGGUGAGGUACAGCAUUGGUCCGGCCACGCUGCCCCGAGAGACGGUUACCAGCCGCGCCAGACAAAACAGGUCCUCGCAGGAAGAGACGGAGGCGAAACAGGCCAAGGCUGUGCGCACGCCUGCCGGGCUCCGCUCGAGCCCCUCUGCCACUCCCGCCUUGAACGACAAAUCGCUCCCGACGCGGGGACGGAACUCGAUGGUGCUCCCCCCGCAGCACUCAAGCCGGGCAAAGUCGCCGUCGUCGGGCGCAAGCGGCAAGCGCAGCACGCUGUCGGCCGAGGAGCUGGAGCAGCAGCGGCUGCGGGGCAGGGAGAUAUUCGCCCGGGACAGCGUCUUGGUCAAGGACAGGGAGCGAGACCGGCGCGAGAGGGAGUCGACGGCGAAGCUGGCGAGGGAGCAGGCGGCCGAGCGCUCUAGGAUUGCGAGUCGGGAAUGGGCCGAGAAGAAGCGCGUCAAGGAGGCGGCGGCGAGAGAGGCUGCGAAGCAGGCCAAGCCAGCUGGCGUUGCUCAAGCGCUUGUCGCCGAUGCUUGA